CCCUGCCUUUCAAAUCCCGUCUUGUUUGCAUUUUAAUAAAUUUUAAAGAGAAAAACCGACCACACCAACUUCAAACACUCACCGCAGAAAACAUAAAACAGAGUCAGAGAGUAUAUUUUCGACUAUUUUUUCACAUAUUUUCUUCUUCUUCUCAAACUUCUCGUUUUUCUUAGCCAUGUGUAAGCCAAAAACCUCAUCUCCAUCCUCAUUUUUCUGUUUCAACAAAACCAAUCCAAACAAAACCAUGGAUUUUCAUCCUGAUGAUGAUGAUGAUCAUGAACAACUUCAUAGAUGGCCAACUCCUUCUGAGGCUUUGGAAGAAAUCAUAGCAAUAUGGAAGAUUUCAGGACCAACAGCUGCAACAGGGCUACUACUAUAUUCAAGAGCAAUGAUAUCCAUGCUUUUCCUCGGUUAUCUGGGGGAGCUCGAGCUCGCCGGUGGUUCCCUCUCGAUCGGUUUCGCAAACAUCACCGGCUACUCUGUCAUCUCAGGAUUAGCCAUGGGAAUGGAACCCAUAUGUGGACAAGCAUAUGGAGCCAAACAAUGGAAACUUCUAGGCUUAACACUUCAAAGGACGGUUCUUCUUCUCCUUUCAACUUCCAUACCCAUCUCUUUCAUGUGGCUCAACAUGGAAAGAAUCCUCUUAUGGUGUGGUCAAGACCAAGAAAUAUCUUCAAUGGCACAUACUUUUAUACUAUUCUCUAUCCCUGACCUUUUCUUUCUCUCUCUUCUCCAUCCACUUAGAAUCUAUCUAAGAACACAAAGCAUUACAUUACCAGUAACCUAUUGUUCAGCAAUCUCUGUUAUUCUUCAUGUGCCUUUGAAUUUUCUUCUUGUUGUUAACCUCAAAAUGGGUACUGCCGGUGUUGCUAUUGCCAUGGUUUGGACUAAUCUCCAUCUUUUUCUUCUCCUUUUCGGUUACGUUUACUUCUCGGGUGUUUAUAAGGAUUCUUGGGUUGCUCCUAGCAUGGAUUGUGUCAGAGAAUGGUCUUCUUUGUUGGCGCUUUCGAUUCCGACAUGUAUCUCUGUUUGUCUCGAAUGGUGGUGGUACGAAAUCAUGAUAAUGCUUUGUGGACUCCUUGCGAAUCCGAAAGCAACAGUUGCUUCCAUGGGGAUUCUUAUUCAGACAACCUCUCUUGUCUAUGUAUUUCCUUCUUCUUUAAGCCUCGGUGUUUCGACUAGGGUCGGAAAUGAGCUCGGAGCUAACCGGCCGUCGAAAGCUCGCAUUUCGAUGAUCGUUUCGCUUUUCUGCGCCGUGGGUUUGGGACUGUUUGCUAUGUUGUUCGCCACGUUGAUGAGGCAUCAAUGGGGGAGGUUUUUUACAAGCGAUGAUGAGAUAUUGGAACUCACUGCCAUAGCUUUGCCGAUCGCCGGUCUUUGCGAGCUCGGUAACUGCCCGCAGACAACCGGUUGCGGGGUUUUGAGAGGCAGCGCAAGGCCGACCAUCGGUGCUAAUAUUAAUUUGGGUUCGUUUUAUUUGGUCGGCAUGCCGGUUGCCGUUUUCAUGGGGUUUGCACUGAAAAUGGGAUUUGCAGGGCUUUGGUUGGGACUGUUAGCUGCUCAAGCUUGCUGUGCUUUGCUCAUGGUGGUUGUUCUUUGUAAAACGGAUUGGAUAGUUCAACUACAGAGAGCGAAAGAGCUGACGAAGAACUCUAAUAACAAUAACAAUAACAUUAAAAAUAAUAAUAAUAAUCCACCAUUACCAAUAUGUUCAACAAAACCAGAGGCUGAUAAUAUCAAAGAAGUAAACAAGAAAGGAAGUGAUCUUGAAGAAGUACUCUGCAUUAAAGACGAGGAGGUUUUGAAGGAAACUGACCCUCUCAUAUGUGAUAAACAUAGUGUGCAUUAAUUAAUCAGGAGUAUGAUCAUCACUAUCAUUAUGAUCAUCACUAUCAUUAUUAAUUUCCUCAUUUUUUUUUCCUUUUCAUGCUCUUGUGAUGUUUUGAUUGAAAAAAAAAAAAAAAAAAAAGAGAUUUAUUUAUUCUCUUUUUUCUUUUUUUCCCUGAAAUGUAUUACGAAUAACAUGAUUGUUGAGUAGAAUGGAAAUGGAAAUACUUUUUUAUAAAAAAUACAUCAAAAAGAAUAAUUAGUUCUU